AUGGAUGUCUUCUCUUUUCUCAACUCCCCAUCAUCCUGCCCCAGCAUCUACAGCCUCCCUGGCCCCCCUGUUAACCACACCUCGCCCCUCCCCGCCUCGCCCCUCCCUGCCUCCUACAGCCACGUGAUCCUGGAGCACUACAACCACACGGGCCGUCUCCAGCACCGCCUCGACCCCCGGCCCGGCCACGUCAGCGUCACCACGGUGAUCUCCCUCAUCAUCAGCAUCGUCAUCAUCCUGGAGAACCUGCUGGUGCUCGCCGCCGUCUUCUCCCGCAUCUGCCAAAGCCGGCGCUGGCUGUACGUGUGCCUCGCCAACAUCACGCUCAGCGACCUCCUGGCGGGCGCCGCCUACGUCCUCAACAUCUGCAUGUCGGGCAGCAAGACCUUCCGCCUCAGCCCCUCCCUCUGGCUGUUCCGGGAGGGUGUGCUCUUCGUGGCCCUGGCCGCGUCCAUCUUCAGCCUGCUGCUGAUCGCCGUGGAGCGCUACACCACCAUGAUGCGGCCGCAGCACACGCGGCGCUCCGCGGGACGAUCGUGUCGUAUCUAUGGCCUGGUGGCGCUGUGCUGGGUGCUGGCCCUCGCCAUCGGCCUCCUCCCCCUGCUCGGCUGGAACUGCAUCUGCCGCCUGGACAGCUGCUCCACCCUGCUCCCCCUCUACUCCAAGAACUACGUCCUGUUCGCCCUCGUGGUCUUCCUCCUCAUCCUGUUGGCCAUCGGCGUGCUCUACGGCGCCAUCUACUGCCACGUGCGUCGCAGCACGGAGAUGGGCUCGCAGCGAGGCCGCAAGCGCUCACUGGCCCUUCUCAAAACCGUCAUCUCCAUCGUGGGCGUGUUCCUCCUCUGCUGGGGCCCCCUCUUCCUCCUCCUAUUGGUCGACUACUUCUGCACGUCGCGGCAGUGCGCCCCUCUCUUCAGCGCCGAUUGGUUCAUCGGCCUGGCGGUGCUGAACUCCGCCCUAAACCCCGUCAUCUACUCGCUGGGCAGCGCUGAGCUGCGGAGGGCCAUCGCCGGGAUGCUGUGCUGCUGCUGCCUUAGAGCAGGGCUGUGCCGGCCGGAUACCUUCCUGUCCAAGGAGACGAGCAGCACGUCGGAGAGCCGACACAGCAGCAUGAGGAACAGCUUCAGUAAGACCAGGAGUCUGAGCGUGACGGUCAGCCCACCUACGCCCGCCAAGACCCCCAAGAAACACCGCCGAAGCUCCACCACAUCCUGA